ACUUCCGGGUCGCGGUGCUUGCAGGGAGAGUUCCGUCGUUUCCGUUGCCGGCUGUUUGCAGUGGGGAAACCGAGGCAGCUCCUGCUUUCCCUAGUUCUUCCGCUCCUGUGAGGAAAAAAAAAAUGUUUGUUUCUUUGUGGGAGUUCUUCUAUGGGCACUUUUUUCGAUUUUGGAUGAAAUGGCUCUUACGACAGAUGACUGGAAAGUGUGAAUUGCAGCGAAUAUUUGAUACCUAUGUAGGUGCACAAAGGACACACAGGAUAGAAAAUUCCUUGACAUACUCCAAGAAUAAGGUUUUACAGAAGGCGACAUGUGUUGUUCAGAAUGAAGUGGACAAAUGUGUAGAAGAUAUUAUGAAGGAAAAGAAUAUUAACCCUGAGAAGGAUUCCAGUUUUAAAAUCUGCAUGAAGAUGUGCUUACUGCAGAUAACUGGUUAUAAACAGCUCUUUUUGGAUGUAGAAAGUGUGAGGAAAAGGCCAUAUGAUUCUGACAACCUACAACAUGAAGAGUUACUCAUGAAGCUUUGGAAUCUUCUAAUGCCCACGAAGAAGUUAAAGGCUAGAAUCUCCAAGCAGUGGGCUGAUAUUGGUUUCCAGGGUGAUGAUCCCAAGACGGACUUCAGAGGCAUGGGCAUACUUGGAUUAAUCAAUCUUGUGUAUUUCAGUGAAAAUUACACUAGUGAAGCUCAUCAGAUUCUUUCCCGUUCAAAUCAUCCAAAAUUAGGGUAUUCUUAUGCAAUAGUUGGAAUCAAUCUUACAGAGAUGGCUUAUAGCUUAUUGAAGAGUGAAGCUUUGAAGUUUCAUCUCUAUAACUUUGUUCCUGGUAUACCAACAAUGGAACACUUUCAUCAGUUUUAUUGUUAUCUUGUCUAUGAAUUUGACAAGUUUUGGUUUGAAGAAAAACCAGAAAGCAUUAUGUAUUUCAACUUAUAUAGAGAGAAGUUUCAUGAAAAGAUUAAAGGACUUUUACUGGAUUGUAAUGUAGCACUUACUUUAAAAGUAUAAAUCAUCCACUGUAUCUUCUAUUUCUACCACAUUUUGCACAUUCAACAGAAUUUAUAUGUUGUAAUAGAAAUUAUCUGAUCAAUUUACACUCUUAUAUAUAAUUUCCUACAAAAAUAUUUCAGAAAUUCUAUUUAAGAAAGCUGGUGGACAAUCAGUGUAUGUUUACAGUUAUUUAUACACUGUUCUCCAAAGGUACCUUAUCCUUCCAAAGAUUCCCUCUGUAGAGUCAUGCAAACUACAGUUUGGAACUUGGGACUUAGCCCAUUAGUGUAAAAGUAUAAAUCAGGUAUUUGUAUUAAAUUGGUAGAUUAAAAUGUGUAAAAUCAGUUUUCAUUUUUAUGUGUUGCAGGAUCAAGUUGGUAUCUUUUUCAAAGUUCUUUAAGUUUUUUUGGUUUUUAGUUUGGAAAUGGCUGUUUUUAAUUUUCUUUGUAUGAUUUUAUUUCUGGGUUAAUUAACAGCAAGAGUGUUUAUGGUUUUCUUUGUUUGCAUCUUAAUUACAUGCCAUAACAUUGCUUCAUUAGCAGCAAAUAGAGCAGAGAUAUGGCAGAGAGAAUAAAGAAUCAUGGCCUCCUUUUGGGUUUCUGUGAUUAUUGAGCAUAAGUGAUGAGAGAAUGAAAGUAUUGGUGACCAGCUUUUUUGUUUUUAAAUAACACCCUUUAAAAUGCUAUGGUGUUAUUUGAAAGCUUAAAGACAUUUUCUCAUCUUCAGUAUUUGCUUUUUGUCAGUUGUAGAAAAGAACAUUAGUGUUUGGCGUGAAGCCUUUUAUCAGGCUUCUCUACUUAAUGUAUGUUUAUGAAAAGAGAUUAUUUGCUGAGAAAAUCUUGUUCAUAUAAAAGACAAAAAGAUUAUUAAAGACAGUUUCUAUUUAAAUAAAACUGUCUUUGAAACUUAAGAAAACUUAAAUUUAAAAAAAAAUCUCAGUUAAACAUCAUUGGUUUAUUUGACUUACUGUUAACUCUUGCUUCUCUUUGACUCCAUGGUGUUUUUAGAUAACCAUGUAUGAACUUUAUGUUAACGGUCUGUGGAAUACUAAAGUAGCUUGAAGAUGACAUGACGACUGUGCGUUUUAUAUAGUUUUAUUCUCCUAAAAUCUCAGGAGAGCAGCAAGUGCUGUCAAGGAUUAUAUAGUGAUGAGAAUCUUACGGGAAUGAUUUCUUCUUGGUGUGUUUUACACAUUUGUACUGAUAGCAAAACUAAGGUUUAAAGUCAGGAAAGUUCAAGUUAUCCUUGAAUCCUACAGAAGCCAACCUUUUAAAGACAUAAUUUGAUCUAAAACAUGAUGAUAUUUAGCACACCUUUUAAUGUGGUAUAUAGCAAGCGUUAAAAGGACUAGUUCAUAUGUGAUAGAGCAAGACCUGAGACUUUUUCAGUGUUUGCUCAUGUCUGUUGGCAGACCUUUCUCUUUUCAAACUUGUCAAAGAGUGGUAAGACAUAUCCACUUGGAAAAUAGGAUGCAGUGUUGUAUAGCAUGUACAUUUAAAGUGCAUGUGUUAAAAUUAGUUUUUCAAUAAGAUAAAAUUAUUUUAAAAAUCUGGUUCACUUUAUUAUAACAGUGACAAUUUCGCUUUUUACUAUUACAGGAAGUUGAAAAUUGGUUUCUUGUAGGGGACGUCUCAACUUUGGGAAUAUCUUCACUUAAUUUUUAAAAAAUAUUUUCAUGCUUUAUUGUCACAAAAUCCUGGCAAGUUCAUUUUAUUAAGGUGUUCACUAUUACAUGGAAAGUAAUUCUGUUCAUCUUUUGAUGUUUGUGCUGAAAAUGCUUAUCUUUGUAUUUUGAUCUUUUAACAGCUGAGAGCUUGAACUGAUUUAAACCUUUGCCAGUGUACUUAAAAAUGCUUCAAGUAUGGAAGGGGAAAAUUUUAAGUAAUUAAGUUUUUUCCCUUCUAGGAAGAAAAGCUAUGAUGAUAUUAAGAAAAUAUCAUUAUAAAGUUUAUGCAAUAAUAUGUUCUUUAAAUCCACCUCCAUUUGUACAUUAUAGAUAACAUUCUGGUUUUGACUUAAAAUAAUCUGCAAGCAUUUCAGAUAGUUUUACAGCAAAUUGAUCUAAAAGCCACUAACAAAUUUUAGGGUUUGAGUCUAGAAGCCAAGCAAAAUGUCACCAAUGUCAGUUGUAAAUUAGAAUGCAGCAUGAGCCUUCAGACUCAUGAUAGUGAGAUACAUCGAAAGAAAAAUUGUGUCUGCCUUCCUACUUUCCCUUUUGACAUAUGUAGUUGGAAUUUUAUGUAGUCUUAAAAUCCAUAUUUAGAAUCUUACCUAUUUCUGUAAUAAUUAGUAAAAUGCCAUAGUAGUGAUAGAAUAUUAUGGCAUUCAAGUAGCCUAAAAAUUAUGUUAGUUUUAGCAUCAAAGGAAUAAAUAAAUGUUGAAAUGAAUUUUUGUAUGUGCCAGGUUGAAGAGAGUGUGCCAGUGACUGGAAUAGUCUAUAAAUUUAAUAGUUAUGGUUUUAAUAGGGUCUCAAAGACAAUCUUUAAAGAAAUGGGAGAAAUCAGGGGGGAUCAGUGAAGCUAUAUCAACCUCUCUGUGUACAUAAAUACAGUGAUGUAGCUAGAUAUAAAAGUCAGUGUCUUCCUGGCACCAUUUACAGUUUAGAAAACAAUCUUUUUCUUAAAAAAAAAGUCCAUCUGAUUUUUUUCUAUUUUUAGGAGCUACUUGGAUUUGUAAGUAUUUUUUCUAUGUGAAAAUAUAUGUAUUCUUCACUUUUGUUCCAAUAUUGUAAUUACUCAUGCACUCUUUCUCCCCUUUGAGAACAUUCAGUGGAUACAACUUCAUCAAAGAUUUGCUCAAAGGAGAAGCAUCCCAUGAGUGUGAAAAGAUGCUUGUAGCCAGAACAGAAAAGGUUCCACAUGAUCGUGGCAAAGAAGAUAGGAGGUUUGACUUGGAGGGCCAUAAUGUUUAUUAUCCUUCUUGAAAUAAUGGGGACCAGCAGCUCUUUUCUCAGGAUAAAUGCUCUAGCCCACUUCUCUCUGAACAGGCAUGGAGAGGCUUACUUUCCAUUUUCAUAUUUAUACACCUCUCUACAAAAGCAAUUUUUAAUGGAGAUUGGUGGAAUUGUUAAAAAUCUGAGAGGAAUCAUGACCAAAGGUGUUUUGGUUUUUUUCCUAUAUUCAGUUUUUAAUGGGAAAAGUUUUAAAUGUAGUACAGUUGAGACCCAACUACUAUCUUACUAUUACAGGACGAUUCUAUGUUUCUGUUAAAGUAUUUAAAAAAUAUUUAAGCAGUAGCUUUCUCUGGGGGAAAAAGUACCACUUGGAUACUUAAAGGAAUUGGGAUUUUUGUUUACUUUGGAUAAGGCAGUUGAGUUCUUAAGUAAAAGCAAUAGUGUAAAAUGUCAUUUUGUUUGGAAUGUUAAGUAAGCAAAUAAAAAACAUUGAAAUUGU